AAAAAAAAAAAAAAAAAAAAAAAAAAAAAAGAAAAAACGACAAUGUCAACACUUGAGCGUACAGAGUUUGCGGUUCGACCCUCGGCACUAGGAGAUGCAGGUCGUCCGAUUAGAAUUCGAGCAAACUUUUUCGAGAUUACACGUUUACCGGACAUUAACGUGUACCACUACGAUGUAACUAUUACAAAGGAUGUUCCUCCAGUGGUCAACAGACGAAUCUUUACCCAGAUGUUGAAUCUCUUUGGCAGGUCUGAUUUUGAAGGAACUAAGCCUGUCUUUGAUGGUCGUAAGAACAUGUUUGCUGCUAGAGCAUUGCCUUUUGAGAGCAAGACUUUUGAAAUUUCUUUGCCUGAUGAGCAACCCAGAGGCGGAGCUGGUCGACAACCCGAUGUGUUCAAAGUCAAGAUCAAGAAGGCUGCAGAGAUUAAUCUGGAAGAGCUUCAUCGCUUCUUAAACGGACAGUCAUCCUUGACCGCCAAUUGUUUGACGGCCAUCAUGGCAUUGGAUGUCCUAAUUCGACAUAAACCCGCUUUGCUCUAUUCUACCGUCAAUCGGUCUUUCUUCACUCCGGAUGGCGCGUCACCGUUGAGUGGUGGCAUUCAGGUCUGGAAUGGAUUCUAUCAAUCUGCGCGUCCAGCUGUUGGAAAAAUGUUGAUCAACUUGGAUGUUGCUGCAACCACGUACUACCAAUCUGGAUCUUUGUUGGAACUGGCUGUCAAGUUUUUAAAUAAACGCAGCAUUGAUGAUUUCCGUCAAGGAUUUACAGAUCGUGAUCGCGAUAGACUCGAAAAGUUUCUCCGUGGACUGUUGAUCAGAGUCAUUCACCGCGGUGAUGUCAAGCGAAAGUUCAAAAUUUCCAAGCUGACAGUUACUCCUGCUAGUCGAACAACCUUUAUGAGAGAUGAUGUCAAGACCGAUGUUGCGACGUACUUUAACGAAGUUUACGGCCGUCGAUUGUCAUUCCCAUUCAUGCCCUGCGUGGUCACUGGACGUGAGGUUUAUCUGCCCAUGGAGAUCUGUAGCGUGAUCGAAGGUCAACGCAAUAUCAAAAAGUUGAACGAGAAACAAACAGCAGACAUGAUUAAAUUCACGUGCCAACCCCCUCAUAUCCGUGCCAACAAGAUCAAAGAUGGUCUCAAGCUCCUGAGUUUCCAGGAUAAUGAGUACAUGAGAGAUUUUGGCUUGAGAGUUUCCACGGAGAUGAUUGAGAUUCAAGCGCGAAUAUUGCCCCCGCCCAACAUUUCCUAUCAUCCUUCGUCGCGUCAGGCCAACUUCACUCCUGUGGACGGUGCCUGGAAUCUCAGGGACAAGAAGGUUGCCACCGGUGCUACACUUGGCUCGUGGGGCGUUCUCAUCUUUGCACAGGAACGUGAAGUUCCUCCUCCUCAGGUGGAGGGUUUCAUUCGCGAGUUGAUUGUUACCUGUAUCGAUACUGGCAUGAACAUUGUGAACAAACGUCCUCCCCUCAUGUACGCCAACCCUGAAGGCGAUAUUGAGGGUAGUCUCAAGACAAUGUGGCUUCGUGCUGGUAAUGCUGUCAAGUCACAGCCUCAAUUAUUGCUCUGCAUUUUGCCCAACAAGGGCGUACCCUUAUAUGCGGAAAUCAAGCGUGUGAGUGAUACUGUGAUUGGUAUCCCUACGCAGUGUAUCCAGAUGAGUCAUACUCGAGUGCCCAAGAAGCAAUAUUGUGCCAAUGUCUGCUUGAAGAUGAAUGUCAAACUAGGAGGGAUGAACUCUUUCUUGUCGCCACAACAGACACCAUUCUUGGCGCAGAAACCAACCAUCUUGUUUGGAGCUGAUGUCAGCCAUCCUCGCCCUGGUGAUACAACUCGCCCUUCGAUUGCCUCCUUGGUGGGCUCGAUGGAUUCAAAGGCUGCCCGGUACGCAGCAACGGUCCGUGUUCAGACCGCAAAGACAGAGACUAUUGCGGAUCUCGGAGGCAUGGUUGUAGAACUUCUCCGAACCUUCUACCAAACCUGUGGUCAGAAACCAGAGCGUAUUUUGUUCUAUCGUGACGGAGUUUCGGAAGGUCAGUUCGCAGAGGUGCUGCGAUCCGAGGUCUCAUCCGUCCGAGCUGCGUGCAGGAACUUGGAUGCCAACUAUAAUCCUACAAUCACCUUUGUGGUCGUCCAAAAACGCCACCAUGCCCGGUUUUUCCCCAUGCGACGCGAAGAAGGAGAUCGUGUUGGAAACUGCAUGCCAGGAACGGUUGUGGAUAAGGGAAUUGUGCAUCCAACCGAAUUUGACUUUUAUCUACAGAGCCAUGCAGGUCUUCAAGGCACGUCUCGUCCAACGCAUUACCAUGUGUUGCUGGAUGAGAAUGAAUUCUCAGCCAAUGUGCUGCAGGAUUUCACCUACAAGCUCUGUCAUUUGUAUGCUCGAUGCACCCGAUCAGUCUCGGUGGUACCUCCAGCAUACUAUGCACACUUGGUCGCAAUCCGUGCUCGAUUCCACUCCAGGGGUGAGCAUUGGUCUGACACUGAGGGGUCGGAGGUGAGUGAACGUGCUGUUGAUGAAAGCUCUUAUCUUGCGGUCAAGCCAGAGCUCUUGCGAGUCAUGUACUUUAUGUAAAAGAAACCUUCGCUCUUGUCAAUCUGACAUGUUCAGAAGGAUUUUACAAUAUGGAACUCUCUUUCUCUCUUUCUCUCUUUCUCUCUCUUUCUUACCUUUUCUCUUGGUUCUUUUAUCAAUUCUUUCUUUCUACUGUACUUCUUUCUCACAACACUUUGUCUUGGAUUUAAAGCCUCGGCAAAAAGUCAAAGAAGGUUAUACGAGGUUAUACCAAUGUUUUGAGAUCAAUGAAUUCCAUCGCAAUAAAAGAAAAAAAA